GAUAGGUCUGUAAUCAAAUCCAUUUUUCUAGAAUCACCAGUGUUUUAGUUUUCACUUUACAUGGAUGGUAUAUAGCGACAUCUAUUGGCAAGAAGCAAAACUUUUGACGAGACCAUCGUCGGUUACCAUGACGACCUACGGCAAACUCAAAGUUCAUGAAAUUCAGAGAAAAGUUGUUGAAAAAGAGAAUCAGUUCAGUUACUAGUUGUCAGUCGAGAUGCCCGAGCUGAUAGACCAGAUGUACUGCGCGCAGCAGAUCAUAGUGCCGCCGCAGUUUCCCUACAUCCUGAAGAAAUAUUGCAAAGCGGCUAUCAAAACCCAGCCGUACGAUCUUCUGUUGUGGUCGUACGAGUACUUCUCAGCGCUGGCGGAGGGCCGGCCGCCGCCCGUCAAGCUGCGCCUGGAGUACCCCAUAUACAGCACCGAGGGCGGACUCACCAGGGGCUGCCUGAAGGUGCUAGUUCACCAGCUGCAGCAUUCCAAUCAUCUCCCGGUGGCGGAGGUGAAGGCAGCUUGGAAAGGCUUCUGCCUGGACCCUCAGGAGCUGGCGCGCAUCCUGUGCCUGUGCGAGGUCUACCUCAGGGAGGAGGAGGUGCCGUUCCUCCACUUUAUUGCUGUCGCCGGGGGGUUGCUAACGAAGACGCUGACCCACACGAUGAUCCUGCUGUGCGAGGCGCUGACGGCGGAGCCGGACGGGGGCUCCGCGGCGAUCCCCGUACAGGACUUCCUCACCAUGUACCGCUUCCUGGCGCAGGUGGACGCUUCCACCGAUGUCAAGUACAUCAACGGCCGCAGAGAGGAUGCGAAGCCCCCAUCACCUUCGGUGAAAGCUGCUGAAGAGAAAAAAGAAAACGAGGAACACGCAGACGGCAUUUGCGGCCAGGCUAGGAGAGGAUCUGAGCCUGCUAAAGAGGCAGAUAUGGAAGGCUGCACCUGUGACCUAGUGCGCUACCAGUCUACUGAGGAAGACAUACCGUUACCUGAGGUGACAGUCGUGUACGCCGUGCCGGGUAUCGGUGCUCCCGUGGACCCUGAAACUAUAAAAGAGUUUGAGGAGUACGCGCUGGACGUGAGCAAGGCGCAGGCCGACAUGUUCAUGCCGAGGAACAUACGCCACUUCAUGUGUCCUCCGUUACAAAUAUAUGAGGAGCCCAACACUGAUAAAGGAAAGAAAGAAGAGGUCCCCAUGACUGGAGUUAUAACAGAUUAGAUUAUUAAAUGUUUCUAAUAUUUACUUUGUUGCAUCUUUAAAUUUUGUUAAUGUUGUAAUCACAUAAUAUAUUAUGUUAAUAAAUGAAUAAUAAAUAUUU